GACGCGCACAAACGCCUCACGCCCAACAGUGGCAUUUUCGUAGAUUUACUCAUCUCCUCCUCCUCCUGUCCUUUCUGCGAUCUCGAUCCGAACUCUGCCCCAAAAACAAUCGCAAUUCCCUUUCUACUAAAAACUCCACUGCCCUCAAAAUCUCAAAACCCGCCCUAUUUGAAAUGCUCGUCCCCAAAACCCUAACCCUAACCCUAAAUCUAACCGUAAUUCUCUAAUCCGCCAUGGUCGAGAUGUUGCACUCAUCAAGCGGCCGCUUUCACUUGAACAGCCACCGCCGAUUUCUCCCAUGGAUCCGCUCCUAUCCAGUAACCCUACUAACAGUUCUUUGGGUUAUCGGGUUCGGAUCCAUCUUCAUUUGGCAAACAACCUCCAUUACAGGAAGCAGGAUCGCUGGGGGACGACCGAUGAUGAGCUACGCCCCGAUACCGAUGCUGAGGCCUGUGGCGUUCAAUCUGACGGAGUUUGGGGGCGUCGGAGACGGCGUCACGGCGAACACGGCGGCGUUCGAGAGGGCGGUGGAUGAGAUUGCGAGGCUUGGGGGCGGGCAGCUUAACGUUCAGCCUGGGGUUUGGUUGACGGCGCCGUUUAACCUGACGAGUCAUAUGACGUUGUUUCUUGCUGAGGGGGCCGUGAUUCGUGGGGUUCAGGAUGAAAAAUGCUGGUUGUUAAUGCCUCCAUUGCCGUCAUAUGGACUGGGAAGGGAGCGUUUAGGACCUCGAUAUGGAAGUUUAAUUCACGGCCAAAAUCUGAGUGAUGUUGUGAUAACAGGACGCAACGGCACUAUAGAUGGUCAGGGUCAAUCAUGGUGGUCAAAGUACAAACAAAAGCUACUUAAAUAUACAAGAGGUCCCCUCGUGCAGAUAAUGUGGUCUAGGGACAUAGUUAUUUCAAAUAUAACACUACGUGAUUCUCCUUUCUGGACGCUACAUCCUUAUGAUUGCAAGAAUGUCACCAUCUCAAAUCUUACCAUUUUGGCCCCUCUUAAUGGAGCUCCAAACACAGAUGGAAUAGAUCCAGACUCUUGUGAAGAUAUGGUGAUAGAAAAUUGUUAUAUAUGUGUGGGUGAUGACGGGAUAGCAAUAAAAAGUGGCUGGGAUCAAUAUGGAAUUGUGUAUGGUCGACCAUCUACCAAUAUCCUCAUUCGCAAUGUGACUGUUCGCUCUGUUGUAAGUGCCGGAGUAUCAAUAGGCAGUGAGAUGUCCGGUGGCAUCUCCAACAUCACCGUCGAAAACGUCCAUAUCUGGGACUCGAGACGAGGAGUGCGAAUAAAAACCGCUCCAGGACGAGGAGGUUAUGUCAGUAACAUAACAUAUCGCAACAUAACCCUUGAUAAUGUCCGUGUCGGAAUUGUUCUCAAAACUGAUUACAACGAGCACCCCGAUCUAGGGUUUGACCCGAAAGCUUUACCCACAAUUAAAAACCUCAGCUUCAUUGGAUUCCAUGGCCAAGGAUGCCGGGUCCCGGUCAGGAUCCAUGGCAGCCAAGAAAUACCAGUUAAGGGUGUGACAUUCAAGGAAUUUUCAGUGGGUAUAACAUACAAAAAGAAGCAUAUAUUUCAGUGUUCAUAUGUUGAUGGGAGGGUUAUUGGAUCGAUAUUUCCUGCACCGUGUGAAAACUUGGAUCGAUAUGAUGAGGAGGGGAAUUUGGUGAGGAGAUCGAAGUUACAGAAUGUUACUGAUAUUGAUUAUGAUUUUUGAAGAGAAUGGUCUUUCUCUUCUUUCUUUUUUUUUCUUCCCGCCUUUCUUGAAGUUUUUGGCCCUCUUUUAUUUGUGAGCAUUUGUACAGAGUUCAUGGGUUUAGAGAAGACAAGUUUGGUUAUUUAGAGAUGGCAGUAUAGAUUAAUUUAGGUUUACCCCAUUCCAUGUUAUGCUUUGUUAGGGAGCAGAGUAUGUUUUAGUGUAGAAUCUUGGGUUAUCCAUUGAGUUUAUACAACAAUUCAUGCAAGAUUGGAUACUUUGCUCUAGAUGAUAUCAAGGUUGUGUGUUUCUACUUUCUA